AUGCCUGUGAAUUUUCCAGUAAAAACAGAUGAAGAUGCUAAUGAUUUAACAGCUCCUUAUAAUGAACUCGAAGCAUUUGAUUCCAUAUGGGAUGCAUUAAGAUGGAAACAUGUACAACAGAGAGUACCUAUAUGUUUCAAAAGGACUUUAUACAAUCGAUAUAUGUUAGCUAAUUUGGUUUAUUUGGGUUAUACAAUUGCACUUCUAGUCAUUGAUUUCUAUCCAGGUUUUAAUUCCAACUCUUCUAAUGGUUCUACAACAACCGAAGAAUCUAAUGAUACAAUAUCAAUUCUUGAUCAGCCUGUAAUUAUGAAUGAAUAUGUUAAUCGACUCUAUAUCGCUGCAGUCAAUAUUUUAGUAGCUUUUCUUUAUAUCAUAGCAUGGCGUGGUCGAUCAUGGUUUGAUGUUGUUUUAGUUCCAGAAUAUUUAAAUCAUAUACAAGCAGGACUCUAUCUCUGGUCAGCAUUAUGGUAUUCGAAACAAACUACUCUUGGUGGUUAUUAUACUAUGGCUGUACAUAGAAUUGAGCUAACUGCAUCAUGUACUGAAAUAUGUGCUGCUAUAGGCUGGAUGAUUUCAUGGUAUAUGACAUAUACACGUACAAUAGGUCGUGGUUUUACUUUUGAUGAUCCUGAUACAAUGGGUUAUUUAACAACGACAACUAAUACAUUGAUAUAUCUCGUGUAUAAUAUUCAACUGAAUAUUUAUCCUGAACAAUAUGGAACUAAUCUAAUAUAUAUAUAUGCAGAUGUUCUUGGAUUCAUUGGUUCUGUUUAUUAUAUACUCGGUACUUUACGUGAUGAAAAUUGGUUUUGGUUUCUUCCGCUAGCUGGACAAUAUGGUAUAGCAGCAGGUAGAAUUCAUAUAGAAACACGAGUUUUACCACAAUUUGGACGUCCUGAAAUAUUGAUUACGGAUGUAUGUAGACGGAGAAAAGAAAAAACCAAAGAUAAUAAAGAAAAUGAGAACAAUACGAAUAUGGAUAUUGUUACAGAAUAUUUUUAA